UGGAAAUCUCUGCACUCUUCUCUCUUCUUGUAUCUCUCUCGCAAACAAGCACGCAGAGAAUAGAGACGACACGCUGAGAGACAUGAUUAUUUGAGAAUCUAUUACCGGAUUCUACUAGAUCUUAACACACAUUCUGGAAGUGGUGCUCAAUUCGGCAAAAUCACAAAAUAAUGUGUCCAUAGUGCAACAUUUGAUGAUUGCAGAACUCUCCAUUAUUAUUGCAGCUGAACAAUUUCAUAACUGCUGACAAAUGAAAUUUGACAUCUACUUUUCAGGCUCCUUUUUUCCACAGCAACAAUGAACCACCAAUAUGGUGAAGACCAAGAUCGAGUGAGUGUAGUUGGAUUUGACGUCCCCAACUCUCCCGAAGCAAGUUAUAACAAUGCCUACCCUGGAAAUGAAGAAGAGGGGCGAGAACCACCAUCGCUACCUCCCCAUCUGCAGCAUACAUUACUGAAUCAACCGACAACGAGUGAUCCCUGUGCACCCCUCCCAUCACCGCAGAAUGUUACGCUAAAUCAUCUUUACCUAGAGAAUCGAGAACCUCCUCGCACAGUAGUCGCACUGGGGGUCACUCAUCGUUUUCGUGCGAAAUUUGUCACUGUUGUGCUCUACAAACCUGUUCCGAGAAGAUGAAGAUGGAGAAGAAGCAGCGGGAGCAGGCGAUUUUCAUGAUCAAGAACCUCAUCUACUUCUUUGGCCUUUCUUUUGUUUGUGUCCUAAUUUGAGCAGCAGUAGGAGUUGGCUGGCCAAACAUUAUUUUUUUAGCAUUGAAAUUUCUGUUUCAUCAGGUUUGCUGUGGUGAAAAUUUCUUUGUUAUUUAGAUAUUACUAGUGAAUGUGAAGUAUAGAAUUUAUUGUAGUA